AUGGCCUCCAUACUCAAACACGCUGCUCUUCCCUUCCGCUGCCCCUCGAGGAUCAUCUCCCUGUCCUCGGCCCGCCCCAAUGCAGCCCAAGCUCGUCGCCACUUUCAAAAUAUCCUCGCCCCGCAGGAUCCCGAAGCCGACACCCCCACCAUCACAAUCUCCAAACUCACAGACCGAGGCCUGAUAUGCUCUGAUAAUCUGGUCAUACCUGGAGGCGCCAUAUUCCAUUCCGGAAAGGUCAUCAUGUGGGAUGUGGACGCUCCCUCGCCGAGAGAGUUGAAGCCUGGAGAGAGAAAUACGAUCGAGAAAGUCUGGGAGGGAUGGGAGUCUGACAGAUUUACUGUUUUCGAGAUGCUUGUUCCUCGGCCAGAAAUUCUGCUCCUCGGGACGGGUACGAGAGCUUGGCCGGCACCGAAGAGGAUUCGCGAUUAUAUCAGCAGUCUGGGCAUUCAACUCGAUACAAUGGAUAGCAGAAAUGCUGCCUCUACAUACAAUCUUUUGAUUGAGGAAGGUCGUAGAGUCUCCGCUGCUCUCUGUCCCCAGACACCAAUCGAUCCAAGGACCGGCGCUGCCCGAUGA